AAAAAUAAAUAAUAAAAUAUGAAAUUGAUUCAAAAUGGAGCAGCCUCUACGGAACUUUAUGAUUUUUGUUAACUUGCCGGGUUUUCCAGGGAGUUCUGGAGAAGAAUUGAACUGAAUUAUUUUUCUAUAUAUAAAUACCUCUGUGUUACAACAGCAGGAUUCACAUCAAUAUUUUCUCAUCAACAUAAAUCCAAUACAUUUAAUACCAUAUAUAUCCAUCUAUCUGAAAAUGGCCUUGUCGCCUAAUUGGAUGUUUAUUUUAGCUGCACUGUUAGUAUUGGAAAUGUAUGCUUCUCAAUCCACAGCCCGCACGUUGCCUAACAAAUCAAUGAUCGAAAAACACGAGCAAUGGAUGGUGCAAUGUGGCCGUACUUACAAAGAUGAUGCAGAAAAAGCCUUUCGUUAUAAAAUAUUCAAGCAAAAUGUUGAGUAUAUCCAAUCCGUUGAUGAAGCUCAAAAUUGGACUUACAAACUUGCCAUCAACAAAUUUGCUGAUUUAACAAACGAAGAAUUUCAAGCAUCUCGAAAUGGAUUCAAAAAGGGAUCUCAAUCAAUUAAGUCAUCAUUUGAAGUUUCAUCGUUUCGGUAUGGAAAUGUGAGUGCAGUUCCACCGAGCAUUGACUGGACUAAGAAGGGAGCUGUUACUCCAGUUAAGGACCAAGGCCAAUGUGGAUGUUGUUGGGCAUUUUCAGCUGUAGCAGCCACAGAAGGACUAAACCAAAUCAAAACGGGGAAUCUAAUCUCGUUAUCCGAACAAGAACUAGUGGAUUGUGACACAAGUGAAGAUCAAGGAUGUAACGACGGUCUAAUGGACAAUGCAUUUGAGUUCAUUAUCAGUAAUAACGGACUCACUACCGAGUCCAACUACCCGUACGAAGGAGUAGACGGCACAUGCAACUCAAAGAAGGAAUCCUCACACGUGGCAAAAAUCACAGGGUACGAGGAUGUUCCAGCCAAUAGCGAGUCAGCAUUGCUCAAAGCUGUGGCUAACCAACCAAUAUCUGUUGCAAUCGAUGCUAGUGGAUCCGAUUUUCAGUUUUACUCGGGUGGAGUUUUUAGUGGACAGUGCGGAACUGAACUUGACCAUGGUGUGACCGCGGUUGGGUAUGGAGUAACUAGUGAUGGAACAAAGUAUUGGUUGGUUAAGAACUCGUGGGGAAGUAGUUGGGGUGAAAACGGAUACAUUCGUAUGCAAAGGGACAUCGAUGCUGCUGAAGGUCUAUGUGGCAUUGCCAUGCAAGCUUCUUAUCCUACGGCUUGAAAUCAAUCGAAACUUAAGAUGAACAUACUAUGUGUAUAUAUGUAUGUAAAUUACUUUCCUGUACCAAGAAUUACUUGUAAAGAUCUAAAAAAGAAUUACUAUAUGCAAAUCCUAUGAAAGAACACUUUCAUACCUCGUACA